CUCUAACCCUCAAAGCUCAACAAAUUCUCAAAACCCAAUUCCCAGGACUCGCACAUUGAACUCUAUAUAUGCCUCUCUUGUUCUCAUGUGUAGAUCAAAAUCGAAAACUGAUGCAACAGAGCCCACUGCUACCAAACGCACCCGCAGCUCUCGAAGCUCACGACCUUCGAAACGUUCUUCCACACUGGAUAUUCCAACUCCUCCCAUAUCUUCAACUUCGAGUGCUGCGCCCUCCACCAGCAGGAGCAAUACUUCGAGCGUGAAUUACACUACCAGUUCCAGCAACAGAGACAACUCCAGAGCUUCGAUUUCUAGCAAAACCUCCCUUUCCAGCAUCCGUGAAUCCUUGCCCGAAAACCCCCACAUCUACAAUUUCUCUGAGAUCUGCACAGCCACCAACAAUUUCUUGGCCAAACGCUUCCCCUCUUCAUCUGCCGCUUGGCGUUGUUCCCUCCACAGUAAGGACGUCAUCAUCUUCCAGCGCAGGCUCCGGCGAUCCUUGGAACCCUCCAAACUCCGCGAACGACUCUCCUUGAUUUGUAGAAGCCACCACGCUAGCUUGAUCAACCUUCUUGGGGCUUCCAUCUCCGGCGAUCACAUCUACCUCGUCUACGACUUCGUGAACGGAGCCAACCUCGCCGAUUGCCUCCGAAACCCUAAAAUCCCAAAUUUCACCGUCCUCUCCAACUGGAUGUUGCGAAUGCAGGUAGCCAUGGGUAUAGCCAACGGGCUCGAUUACAUCCACAACUCACUUGGGCUAAACAAGAAUUUCGUCCACAACCACAUCAAGAGUACCAGCGUGAUCAUCACCGAUCAACCCUCUUUCCACGCGAGGAUCUGUAGCUUCGGUACGGCAGAACUCUGCGGAGAAAUCCCCGAAUACCAUCAUCAGAAGCAGCAUCAGGAGGGGAAUAAGGAGAUUACAGAGAUUACGGAAGCCUCGUCGUCGUCUUCUUCGUCGAAAGUGAAGAGAACAAACAGUAAGGACAUGAGAUUCGAAGGUACGAGAGGGUAUAUGUCGCCGGAAUUCCAAGCAACCGGAAUCGGAACUCAGAAAUCCGACGUUUAUGCGUUCGGAGUUGUUCUCUUGGAAUUGUUAUCAGGAGAAGAACCGUUGAGGUACAAGUUGGACAAGGAAACGGGGAGUUACAGAAGAGUAUCGGUGAUCGAGACGGCGAGGGAAGCGAUGGCGCAGGAGAGUUCCGGUCCUGGUACGGGUAAGGAAGCGGGUGGAGGUGGAGGAGGCCGGUUGAGGACCUGGAUGGACCGGAGGUUGAAAGAUUCGUUCCCGUUAGACGUGGCGGAGAAGAUAACACGUGUAGCGCUGGAUUGUGUUGACGAGGAACCGGAGAAAAGACCCGACAUGCGUGAUGUUGUGGGAAAGAUUUCGAAGCUCUACAUGAAAUCGGAGCAGUGGUCCAACCGGAUGGGUGUUCCAACGGACUUUACGGUAUCAUUCGCUCCUCGUUAAGACACGUGGAACUUUGUUGAUUGACAUAAAUGCCCUUUGUGAAUCGUGAGUGGGGAAU